GGGUGAAGUGGUCGCUGACGCAGAGGGAGGGCCGGCAGAUUAUAAAUUGCUUCUGAGCGAUGUUUUCUCGGCAGGACAGCUCCUGUGUGUCUGUGUGUGUGUGUCUGUGUCUGUGUGUGUGUGCUGCAGAACCUCUCCUGCACCAGCACAGCACAGGCAGACUGUUCACUCCUCUCUCUCUCUCUGCAUCCGUCUGUUUGCGGUUCGAGCCCUGCCAGCCCCAGGGUGCAGUGAUCCGACAGCGACCUGCCAAUUGACUGGAAUACCGAGCCCUGUUUCCAGCAGACCCACCAUGUCUGGUCACUCCAUUAGCAAAGCUGACAUGAUCUCCAGCAAUCAGGAGCAGUUCACAUACGAUUAUGACACAUUGAGAACGACUGGUCUUAUUCUGGCCGUCAUUAUGUUUGUGACUGGAAUUGUCAUCGCAUUGAUGCGAGUAAGACAGAAACACCAAAGACCUCGAUUCCAGGUGCCUCCGAAAACAUUCAUGUUUGACCCAGGACCUGGGGGGAUGAACACCAAGACAACAUCGGGGGCGAAGGAGGACAUGAAGAGCCAGAGGGUGGGGUGCGGGAAGGGGGCUGUGAUGGAGUGGGGGUGGUAGGGCAUGCGGGUGAGUGGGAAUGAGGAAUGACUUGGGUUAUCACAAUGUGUGAGUGACUGUGUGUGUGUGUGUGUGUGUGUGUGUGUGUGUGUGUGUGAUAGAGAGUGUGAGUAUGAGAAUGUGAGUUUGUGUGUGAAAGAAUGUGAGUAUGUGUAGGAGAGAGUGAGUGUGGCAAUGCGUGUGUGUGGGAGACAGUAAACGUGAGAGUGUGUGUGUUUGGGAGAGAAUGAGUGUGGGAAUGUGAAUGGGUUUGGGACAGAGUGAGUGUGAGAGAGUGAGGGUGUGUGGAAGAGAGUGAACGCGUGUGCGAGAGAGUGUGUGUGGGAGAGAGAGUGUUUGAGAGAGAGUGAGUGUGUGAGAGAGUGAGUGUGUGUGAGAGACAGUGAGUGCAUGAGAGAGUGAGUGUGUGUGAGAGAUUGUGUGUGUGUGAGAGAGUGAGUGUGUGAGAGAAUGAGUGUGUGGGAGAAAGUGAGUAUGACAGAGAGUGAGUGCGUGAGAGAGAUCAGAGGGUGAGUGUGUGAGAGAGAGUGAGUGUGUGAGAGGGUGAGUGUGUGUGAGAGAGAGUGAGUGUGUGAGAGAGUGAUUAUGUGUGAGAGAGAGAGUGUGUGAGUGAGUGUGUGUGAGAGAGUAAGUGUGUAAGAGAGAGUGUGUGUGAGAGUGAGUGUGUGUGAGAGAGAGCAAGUGUGUGAGAGAGUGUGUGAGUGGGUGAGAGAGUGAGUGAGUGUGAGAGAGAGUGAGUGUGAGAGAGUGAGUGUGUGAGAGGGUGAGUGUGUGAGAGAGAGUGUGUGUGAGAGGGUGAUUAUGUGUGAGAGAGAGAGUGUGUGAGUGAGUGUGUGUGAGAGAGUAAGUGUGUAAGAGAGAGUGUGUGUGAGAGUGAGUGUGUGUGAGAGAGAGCAAGUGUGUGAGAGAGUGUGUGAGUGGGUGAGAGAGUGAGUGAGUGUGAGAGAGAGUGAGUGUGAGAGAGUGAGUGUGUGAGAGGGUGAGUGUGUGAGAGAGAGUGUGUGUGAGAGGGUGAGUGUGUGUGAGAGAGAGUGAGUGUGUGAGAGUGAGUGUGUGAGAGAGAGUAAGUAUGUGAGAGAGUGUGUGUGUGUGUGAGAGCGAGUGAGUGUGAGAGAGAGUGAGUGUGAGAGAGUGAGUGUGAGACAGAGUGAGUGUGCGUGCGUCUGGAGUUGAAGGGGUGCAGUGAGGGAACCCUCCAUGUUGUGUGCUGAAUGGACACACCAAUAAAGUUCACUUUAAG